AGUUUGAAAGGGCGCCAAAACGUUGCUCAUGGAAAGGCGUACGUACUUACGGUUUUUCUUUUUGUUCGUUUAAUACUUUAUUGAUUAUACGAAAUCAAAGCAGCCAUCUUGUAUCGCGUUUUUCAAUUUCCGUGACAAUCGCAGCGGCGGUCUCUCGGACGUGUGUCGUCCCGUCCACGGAGGAGCUGCGUUGAUGAUAAACGCGUAUACCGUCUUCAUAAUUACUGGCAACUGGCGAGACAGAUAGACUACGACGAUGACUUCCACGUUCCGUUCGAGUGACAUUCUCCAGCAGAUGGACUUCGCCAUGAUCGGCACCCACUUCGCUUCCGGCCCGUUGCAAAUCGACCAGGAUUUCGCGGGCAUCAGUGGUGUUCACUUCAACGGCAAUGGGUCUCAACAACAGUACGCCAACGACGGCGAAGUGACGCUGCAGCCCAACGGCAUGCCGCCGUCAUGGCAGAGCAUCGCUGCGCCCGGGUCGACCGUGGCCGAUUACCUGUCUCAUUUGCCGGCCACCCUCACUCUGCACCACUUUCUCAAAUACUCGGGAGAGGCCGUAUGUAAGGACGUGCGCGACGAGACGAAACCGCCGAAGAAGAGGAGAAAACAAGGCAGACAAGUGAACGCAACGGCAGUCGCCGCCGCAGCAGCUGCCGCCAGUGACCGCUGCCCGCCUACUACGACAACGUCGUCGCCGCCUCAGGUCAAGCCGAAGCCCGGUCAGAUACGGAUAACGAGCUGCGCAGAUGGCACCACCAUGUUCGGGUGUCCGGAAUGCCGGGCCGAAUACUUGGACAAGCAUCUGCUGGAGGAGCACCUGGGCACACACGCGACGGAACGGCGGUUCGUGUGCGACAUUUGCGGGGCAGGGUUGAAGCGCAAAGACCACUUGACGAGACAUAGGCAGAGCCACAGUUCAGAAAGGCCGUACGCUUGUACGGUGUGCGGCAAAGCUUUCAAGCGUAAGGAGCAGCUGACCCUGCACAAGGUGGUACACACUGGCGAGAAACGGCACGCUUGCAUAGAGUGUGGCCGUGCGUUUUACAGGAAAGAUCACUUGAGGAAGCACGCCAGGAGUCAUGCGGCCAGGAGAGAUAAAAGCAGUGGGCAGACAUCCUAGACAAACAAAUAACAAGAAGGAAAAAAUGAUUUGCCAAUUUGUUGUAUAUUUUAUUGAUUUUCAUCCGUGUACAUAUGGAUAUUAUAUUCAACUCUUGCAACUGCUGUCGCUUAAAAACUAAUAUUAAAAUAUUAUACGUGAGUGCAUAAUAUAUCAUCAACAUUAUAAUAUCAAAUAUACCAUUACCAAAUUAUUAUUAUGAAUUUUGUAAA